ACUACCUAGGAACCUCUUCUCUCCUCCUCAUGCAAGAAUGCCACGCCCCAAGAAAGCGGGCGCGCCCGAGCCCAAGCGGCGAAGCCGGAACGGCUGCUGGCCCUGCAAGGCCCGCAAGGUCAAAUGCGGCGAGGAGAAGCCUCGCUGCCUCAAUUGCCAGCGCGCCGGCGAGGCGUGCGACUAUUCCAUCCGUUUGAACUGGAACGGCCGCUCCAAACGGAGCUUCGAUGCCACUCCGCUACUGGCCGCUGCUCCCCCCGCUGCUCCUCCCGCAUCACCUCCGCCGCCGUCGCAGCAGCAGCACAGGACGAAGCGCUUGCGCCUGAGCCCUCAGGAUGACCCCCCUCUUCCUCCUUCUACCGCGCGCCAGAACUUCCCCGUCGAGACGCCCGGCGCCGGUAUGCCCGGGACGGAUGCGCCGUCACCCUACUCGCUGCCUCCUAUGACGCCAUACAGCUCGUUUGCGGGGACGCCGUUGACUCCUGGUUCGUCUAUUGCCUCGGAGGAAGGCAGCUUGAGGUACCAGCUACCUGCGGAGUCGAAGCGGUUGUCUGUCAACGACCUGCUGAUCGACGGCGGUCAGACGGCAAACAACAACUCCUAUGUUCGGCCCCUUGGUCGCUCGUCGGUGGACGUGGUAUAUGGCUAUGAUAUUGGGCAGCCGGAUCUUGAUACUCCCAAGAAUGACGAUGGCGGCGCAAUAGCCAUGUUCAACCCCGAGACAUCUUAUGGCGGCAGCGGUGACGUCGCCAAUGAGCCUGAAUUGGACGAGGAACAGCAAGAUCAACACAGGAGCAGAGCCUUCGAAGCAGAUGGCUAUUACGCAAAGCCCGUGCCAAUCAAGAUCCCCAGAGCGUUUGAGCCGCUGCCUGCUCGGCUGCUAGAAAACCCCAUGAACCUGCUCUACUUCCACCACUUCCUGAACCACACAGCACGGAUCCUGGUGCCGCACGACUGCGAGCAAAACCCGUUCCGGAGCGUGCUACCACAGCUCGCGGUGCGAGACGAUGACCUGCUGGGCCUGCUGCUCGCCUUUUCGGCCAGCCACCGCGCGCGCCUCCUCUGCCACAAGGAGCCUGCCAACCGCAUCGCCGUCUGGGUACAAGACGUGUUUCCGAAGCUGCGCCGCGCACUCACCGAGCAGACCAUCUCGACCGCAAACCUGACUACGGCCAUCAUGCUCGCGUCGCUGGAAAUCAUCUCCCCGAACACGUUCGAAGUCCCCGUCUCCUGGCAGAACCACCUCAGCGUCGCGCGCGAGAUGAUCGUAGCUCGUGGGGGCCUGCGACCCCGUGGCGAGCCUGACGACAAUGUCGCACACUUCCUGUCCCGCUGGUUCGCGUAUCUGGACGUGCUAGGCAGUCUGAGUGGCAGUAAGGAUGACAAGCCCCUCGCGGCUGCGUACCUUGCAUUCGACCGCGACGACGACGAUGUCAUUGAUUGCCUGCUAGGCUUCACAUGGCGCUUCAUUGUCUCGCUAGCCCGCCUCGCUGAGCUCGCCCAGCACUGCGAUACCUUACGCCGCGAGGCCGCGGCCACCGCUGCCGAGGGAGGUGGCGGCAGCGACGGCGGCGCAGACUGGGUCCCUCCGGCCGAUGUCGCGAGCGCCGCAGAGCAGCUGCGCGAGGAGCUGCGCCUGAGCUGCGAGAGCGCAUCAGGCGAGGGGUGCGCGCAUGAGCUGCGCAGCUCGCCCUCCAGCACGACGACUCCGUCUCCAUCAGCAUCUACGCCCACAGCAAUAGGAUGCACGUCUGCCUCCCCCACCGACGCAUCCGAAGCGCACGCCACGAACGCAGCCUUCCACGCCGCCGCGCAGCUGCACCUGCUCCGGCGCGUCCUGAACCGGCCUCCACACGACAGCGAAGCGCAGGCGUGCGUGUCGGCUAUCCUGGCUGCGUUGGCGCGCGUGCGCCCCGGUGGCAGCGCCGACGCCUGCCUCUUGUUUCCGAUUUUUAGCGCCGGGUGCGAGGCGCUGGAGCCUGGGCAGCGGGAGGAGGUGCUACGCCGGUUGAGGGACCUUGAGGCGGUGGGGUUUGCGCAGGUGAGGGGCGCGAGGGUCGGGUUGGAACGCGUUUGGCGGGAUGGUGGGGGCUGGGUUGGGGGGGUGAUGGGCUGGUUGGGUGAGGGCGGCGGGGUUUUUGUUGGGUAGGUGGCGUGGGUAGGUGGGCGGGGCGGUUUGAUUCUUGUCCUGCUUUUGAUCUUGCGCUGGGCUUGCUGCUGCUUGGCUGGCUGGCCGGUACAUGGCUGUGCUGUGUCUUUUGGUUGAGAGGGGUGGUUGGUUCCGGGUCGCUGGUGUGUGAUGGGUGUGAUGGGCUACAUUUGGGGAAAGAGAGAGAGAGAGAGAGAGAGAGGAAAGGUGGGUAGGUUAGUAUGUUGGAGGGGUAGCUGUGGUCGGGCUUUCUGAUGUGUGGUAGGAGAUUUAUGUGUUUGGG